GGUGCAUUAGGUUGCAAAGAGUCAAUUCAGGGGACGUCACUCUGGACUCUUCUAGAUGCUUCGUGCGUAAGGCGAAGAAAAUCAAAAUGUCGGAACAACCGAAGCCAGACUUAGGUCUCUUAGAAGAAGAUGACGAGUUUGAGGAAUUCCCUGCGGAAGACUGGGGUGAAGAAGAUGAAGACUCUGCUGAUGUUAAUGUUUGGGAAGAUAACUGGGAUGAUGACAACAUUGAAGAUGAUUUCUCAAAACAGCUAAGAGCAGAACUGGAGAAGCAAGGAAAGAGUGAAGAUGGUGCUGAACCCAUGAAGACAUAAUAUUGUCAGAUGUCAUACUUUUGUCAUCUUAUCAGUGCUCAUCCAGCUGUCAUUUUCAUAACUUGCACCACCAUCUCCAUAGUUAUCCAUGUUACAUUUAAAAUUCUGAAUUAAAUAAUUUAAUAGGCAUUUUUUUUGUGAUUGCUUAUGUUGAAAGAAAGCAUCAAACUGAUUUAUACCAUAGAUCAAGGGUGGGAACCUUUUUUUCCUCCAAAGGCCAUUUGGAUAUUUAUAACAUCAUUUGUGGGCCACACAGAAUUACCUACUUAAAAAUUAGCUUGCUCUAAUUGACCAAGCUGUAAUUUCACCACAGUAUGUUAACACUUUUGCAACCUGCCUGUAACUGCUGUGCUCUGACUCCUCAUUAUCUGCCUUUUCCUUGUGAGAUGCACAAAAAUAUGUUCUACUACUAUGAAAAGCAUAGCAAAACAACUGUUUGGAGUAUGUUAAAUGUGUUUGUAAUUAGAAAGUUCCUAAAGGAGACAGUAUAUGGUAAUAAAUCCUUUUUUUUUUCC